GCUGUUCUAAUGGUACCACUGUAAUUUUGGGAACAGUCGUUGGGAGAGGUGUGUUCAAGUUGUUCAAGUUAUCAAUAACUAUUAUUCUGAAAUUGUGUAUUAAAAAAAAUCGACUUAAAGAGUAAAACACCAAAUAAAAGAAAUGGAUACCAAACCGCAGAAGAUGCCCAAAGUGGCAAAGGUGAAAAACAAAGCACCAGCAGAGAUACAAAUAACUGCUGAGCAGCUUUUGAGAGAAGCAAAAGAACGUGAUCUUGAGAUUUUACCACCGCCCCCUAAACAAAAAAUCUCUGAUCCCGAAGAACUUGCAGACUACCAGCAUCGGAAAAGAAAAGCCUUUGAAGAUGGUAUUCGAAAGAACAGAACCGUCAUCAGUAAUUGGAUCAAAUAUGCUCUGUGGGAAGAAAGUCAAAAAGAAGUACAAAGGUCUCGAUCCAUAUUUGAGCGUGCUUUGGAUGUUGAUCAUCGAAACAUCACACUGUGGCUUAAAUAUACUGAAAUGGAAAUGCGAAAUCGACAGAUUAAUCAUGCAAGAAAUCUUUGGGAUAGAGCAGUCACUAUUUUGCCUAGAGCCAACCAAUUCUGGUACAAAUACACUUACAUGGAAGAAAUGCUUGGUCAUAUUGCAGGUGCUCGCCAAGUGUUCGACCGGUGGAUGGAAUGGGAACCUGAUGAACAGGCAUGGCAAACAUACAUCAAAUUUGAACUUCGGUAUAAAGAAAUUGACCGUGCACGAGUCAUUUAUGAAAAGUUUGUGUAUGUUCAUCCUGAUGUAAAGAAUUGGAUUAAAUAUGCUCGCUUUGAGGAGCAUAAUGGCUUCAUAUCUGGUGCCAGACGUGUAUAUGAGAGAGCAGUAGAGUUUUAUGGGGAGGAAACGAUGGAUGAAAAAUUGUAUAUUGCAUUUGCAAAAUUUGAGGAGGGGCAGAAAGAGCACGAUCGUGCACGAGUUAUCUACAAGUAUGCCUUGGAUCACAUUCCUAAAGAUAGAGCCCAGGAGUUAUAUAAAGCAUAUACUAUUCAUGAAAAGAAGUAUGGUGAUAGAACUGGUAUAGAAGAUGUUAUAGUCAGCAAAAGAAAAUUUCAAUAUGAAGAGGAAGUUAAAGCAAACCCUACCAAUUAUGAUGCCUGGUUUGAUUACCUCAGACUGGUGGAAAGUGAAGGAAACCUUGAAAUUAUUAGAGAAACCUAUGAAAGAGCGAUAGCAAACGUUCCUCCCACAAAGGAAAAGCAAUUUUGGAGGCGGUACAUAUAUCUGUGGAUAAAUUAUGCCCUGUUUGAAGAAUUGGAAGCAGAGGAUAUUGAGAGAACAAGACAAGUGUAUAGAGCAUGCUUGGAACUAUUGCCUCACAAAGUGUUCACUUUUACAAAAAUGUGGCUUUUAUAUGCUCAAUUUGAGAUUCGUCAGAAGAAUCUUACUGGAAUGGCUUUAGGAAUCUGCCCGAAAGACAAACUCUUCAGAGGGUACAUUGACCUGGAGAUUCAGCUACGAGAGUUUGAUCGAUGUCGUAUCCUCUAUCAGAAGUUUUUGGAGUUCGGGCCAGAAAACUGCGUGACUUGGAUGCGAUUUGCAGAGCUUGAAACUCUUCUUGGCGAUUUGGAUCGGGCAAGAGCUAUAUAUGAACUGGCAGUAAACCAACCAAGACUUGAUAUGCCAGAAUUGCUGUGGAAAGCUUAUGUUGACUUUGAGGUGUCUCUUGGUGAAUCAGAAAAGGCGAGGAAUUUGUACGAGAGAUUACUGGACAGAACCCUUCAUGUUAAGGUCUGGAUGAGCUAUGCCCAGUUUGAAAUGUCUGCAAAUGAAGAGAACAGUGUGGCAUUAGCGCGACGUGUGUAUGAAAGAGCCAAUCAGUCACUGCGGGGUGCAAAUGAAAAGGAAGAGCGGGUGAUGUUACUCGAGGCCUGGAGAGACUUUGAGAGCCAGCAUGGCGAUGAGGAGUCUCUGAAGAGUGUCGUUGCAAAGAUGCCACGAAGAAGCGAAGAAGGGUGGGAGGAAUUCUUCGAUUACAUCUUUCCUGAAGACGAAGCAACCAAGCCCAACCUCAAACUGCUGGAGAUGGCAAAGGCGUGGAAGCGCAAACAACAGGAAUUGGAGCCGCAAGAAGAGAAAGAGGAGAAAGAGGGCUAUGAAGAUGGAGAGGAAAUUUCAAGUGCAGGUGUUGAUGAUGACAACAACGAUGAAGCUUCGUGAGCACAUUUUGACGAAAUGUCAUCUAUCGUGAAGCUACGAAAUGAAUGUAGUAAGUUCAUUAUUGUGGUUAUGUUUUAGAGUAACAUUUGUUGGGGAUACUCUCAGUGUUGGAUUUUCAUGGAACAUUUACUUAAAUUUGUUAUUGAAGGAAAUAGUUUCUCUUUUUAUUUAAGGAAAUACUGGAAUUAGGAAUGUUUAAUGGAAACUGCAUUUGCGAAAAUUGCACUAGUGUUCUUUGCAUAUUACAUCUAUAUGCUAGAAAUCCAAAUGAAUACUUUCUAAAAGUGUACUGUAAAUACCAUAUGUCUUUCAAAUAUAAGUUUUUUGUACAUAUUUCCAAAAAGUUGUUUUCUUUUACUGAUUGAAUUAUUAAUAGCGGUUCUAUGUGAAGAAUAAUUUAAGAGCUGAAAUCUGUUUUUAGUUCCUUAAAUUUUACCAACUUGGACUUGAAAUCAAUUUAAAGUUACCUAUUCAAAAAUACUUUGAUGAUUGUAACUAUAGAUCAGUUUAAAAUAACAAUAGAAAUAUUUCAUACUGCCUAGCAGUUUGUUAAUAAUUGUUCUCUGCUAAGUAACUGAUAUAACUGAAUUUUCGGGUACAUAAUUAUUAAAACAAGAUAACUUCAAAUCUACUCUCUUUCUUCAUGAAAUCAAAUGAACCUGAUGAAAUCAUGUCAUUACCCUUAUCUCUUUUGUCUUUAUGAUUUAGAAAUAGGGAAGUAAUUUACAGAAAAACGCCUCUUUUAUGCUUUUCAAGGUUUUAAACAAAAACAACUAUCUUAGGUGGCUCAGGAAAUCAAGUGAUGUCACUGCAUCUUGCUCUCACUUGAUGAGCCUCAAGUGCUCACUGCGACAGGAAUUUAGAUGCUAGCUAGAUAGCUAGCAACUGUCUAGGAACGUUCUCCUUACCAAUUUACCAGAACUAAAUAAAGGAUAAACAAAAACUUCAAUGAAAAUGUUUGCAAUUCCAAGCAUGCAAGAUCAUCGAUAAUUUCACUCAUUAAUAAUCACUCGACUUUCAAUAGCUGCUUCACAGUCUAUCCUAAAUAUACUGUUUAAUGGCCUCAGCUCAAUAGAAAGCAAGGGGAGAGACAAAUGACACCCACAUUGAU